AUGUCAUUCACCGAUUCCUUCAAACCAAUUUCAUUUAAGGGUUCUAACAUGUUCAAACCAAUGAAGGUUGGUAACACCGUGGUUCAACAUAGAGCUGUUAUGCCUCCUUUAACCAGAAUGAGAGCCACAGCUCCAGGUAAUGUUCCAAAUGGUGAAUUGGCUGGUACUUACUACUAUCAACGUAGUAGAAGACCAGGCUCCAUGUUAAUCACCGAAGGUACUUUCAUUUCUGCUCAAGCUGGUGGUUAUGAUAAUGCUCCAGGUAUCUGGUCGGAAGAACAAGUAGCUGAAUGGAAAAAGAUCUUUGGUAGAGUCCAUGAAAACAAAUCCUUUUUAUGGGUUCAAUUAUGGGCACUAGGUAGACAAGCUGGUAUCAAAGAGAUGGCUAGAGACGGUCUUCGUUAUGAUUCUGCAUCUGAUGGUGUUUAUAUGACCGAGGAAGCCAAGGAAGCCUCUAUUAAGGUCAACAACCCACAACAUGGUUUAACUAUUGAUGAAAUUAAACAGUAUACUAAGGAAUACGUUCAUGCCGCUAAAAACUCCAUUGCUGCUGGUGCUGCUGGUGUUGAGGUCCACGCUGCUCAUGGUUACUUGCUAAACCAAUUCCUAGAUAGUGGUUCUAACAAGAGAACUGAUCAAUAUGGUGGUUCUUUGGAAAAUAGAGCCAGAUUUACUCUUGAAGUUGUAGAUGCUGUUAUCGAAGCAGUUGGAGCUGAAAGAGUUGGUAUUAGAUUAUCCCCUUAUAACCUUUAUGGUUCAAUGUCCGGUUCCGAAGAUCCAGAUUUUCUUGCCACUUACGCUUACGUUAUUGGUGAAUUAGAACAAAGACGUAAGAAUGGUAAAGGUCUAGCUUACAUCCAUCUAACAGAACCUUCUUUGAACUCUAGUUUCAUCGUUCCAGAUGCUGUUGGUAGCAGUGAAGAACACCCUCAAGGUACAAAUGAGUUUAUCUUUUCCAUUUGGAAGGGUCCAGUAUUAAGAACAGGUGAUCUUGGUGAACGUCCAGAGACUGCAUUGAAACAUCUAAAGAAUGAAAACACUUUAGUCGGUUACGGUAGAUAUAUUAUCGCUAAUCCAGAUAUUGUUGACCGUUUGGAAAAGGGUUUACCUUUCAAUAAGUACAACUUCAACACUUUCUAUACCCCAGGAGCUGUAGGUUACACUGAUUAUCCAACUUACGAAGAAGCUGUCAAACUAGGUUAUAAAUAG